CCGGUUCCAGGGCGGCCGUGGCGGUGGCGGGGAGCCGGGGCGAUGGGCCAGAGGUGAUCUCGCUAGAAGUGGUUGGGCAGCGGCUGCCGGCGAGACAGACCCUCCCGGGGUCCGAGGCGGGGAGACGGAGUCGCGCGGCUCCUUCGGGAGUGGCUGCGCGCGGCGGGGCUGGCCGUUCGCCCCGAACCCCAACCCCGGACGGUGGAUCCGAAUGAAUGGGCGAGCGGCGGACGACUGACUUGCGCUGGUCUUCUCCCAAGUGAGGCGUCGGCAGCGAGGAGCGGCGAAGGGACGGGGACAGAAUGAACCGGGCCAAGCCCACCACCGUCCGCAGGCCCAGCGCUGCGGCCAAGCCUUCGGGGCACCCUCCUCCAGGAGACUUCAUUGCUCUGGGCUCGAAGGGUCAGACCACUGAAUCGAAAACGGCAUCCACCCUGCUGAAGCCUGCCCCUUCCAGCCUGCCCUCGGAGCGCAAGCGGGACGCUGCGGCUGCUCUGGCAGGUGCCUCGGCCCUGACCGGGCUCACCAAGCGCCCGAAACUCUCCUCCACACCCCCUCUGAGUGCCCUGGGACGCCUGGCUGAGGCCGCAGUGGCAGAGAAACGUGCCAUCUCUCCCUCGAUUAAGGAACCGUCUGUGGUCCCGAUUGAAGUCCCGCCCGCGGUGCUGCUGGACGAGAUCGAGGCGGCCGAGCUGGAGGGCAAUGACGACAGGCUGGAGGGAGUGCUGUGCGGGGCCGUGAAGCAGCUGAAGGUCACGCGGGCCAAGCCGGACAGCACCCUGUACCUGAGCCUCAUGUACCUGGCCAAGAUCAAGCCCAACAUCUUUGCCACGGAGGGGGUCAUCGAGGCUCUGUGCAGUCUCCUGCGGCGGGACGCCUCCAUCAACUUCAAGGCCAAGGGGAACAGCCUGGUGUCCGUGCUGGCCUGCAACCUCCUCAUGGCCGCGUACGAGGAGGAUGAGAACUGGCCCGAGAUCUUUGUCAAGGUGUACAUUGAAGACUCCCUGGGGGAGCGGAUCUGGGUGGACAGCCCGCACUGCAGGACCUUCGUGGACAACGUCCAGACGGCCUUCAACACCAAGAUGCCCCCCAAGAGCGCGCUCCUGCAGGGGGAGGCGGGGCGCAGCGGAGGGGAGCUCAGUGCCGGGAGCAGCCCUCACCCGUCCCUCACCGAGGAGGAGGACAGCCAGACGGAGCUGCUGAUUGCGGAGGAGAAGCUCAGCCCCGAGCAGGAGGGCCAGCUCAUGCCCAGGCCUAGGUACGAGGAGCUGGCGGAGAGCGUGGAGGAGUACGUCCUGGACGUGCUGCGCGACCAGCUCAACCGGCGGCAGCCCAUCGACAGCGUCUCGCGGAACCUGCUGCGGCUCCUCACCUCCGCCUGCGGCUACAAGGAGGUGCGGCUGAUGGCGGUGCAGAAGCUGGAGAUGUGGCUGCAGAACCCCAAGCUGACCCGGCCGGCCCAGGACCUGCUCAUGUCCGUGUGCAUGAACUGCGGCACGCACGGCCCCGAGGACAUGGACGUCAUCUCCCACCUGAUCAAGAUCCGCCUCAAGCCCAAGGUCCUGCUCAACCACUACAUGCUCUGCAUCAGGGAGCUGCUAAACGCGCACAAGGACAACCUGGGCACCACCAUCAAGUUCGUGAUCUUCAACGAGCUCUCCAACGCGCGGAACCCCAACAACAUGCAGACCCUCUACGCCGUGCUGCAGCACAGCCCCGCGCUGGCACCCAAGUUCCUGGCCAUGGUGUUCCAGGACCUGCUGACCAACAAGGAUGACUACCUGCGGGCCUCGCGGGCCCUGCUGCGCGAAAUCAUCAAGCAGACCAAGCACGAGAUCAACUUCCAGGCCUUCUGCCUCGGGCUCAUGCAGGAGCGCAAGGAGCCCCAGUACCUGGACAUGGAGUUCAAGGAGCGCUUUGUGGUGCACAUCACAGACGUGCUGGCCGUGUCCAUGAUGCUGGGCAUCACGGCCCAGGUGAAGGAGGCCGGCGUCGCCUGGGACAAAGGAGAGAAAAAGAACCUGGAGGCGCUGCGCUCCUUCCAGAACCAGAUGGCCGCAAUCCAGCGCGACGCAGUCUGGUGGCUGCACACCGUCGUCCCGUCCGUCAGCAAGCUCGCCCCCAGGGACUACGCGCACUGCCUUCACAAGGUGCUCUUCACGGAGCAGCCCGAGACCUACUACAAAUGGGACAACUGGCCACCUGAGAGUGACCGCAACUUCUUCCUCCGCCUCUGCUCGGAGGUGCCCAUCCUGGAGGACACGCUGAUGCGCAUCCUGGUCAUCGGGCUGUCGCGGGAGCUUCCGCUGGGCCCCGCCGACGCCAUGGAGCUGGCCGACCACCUGGUGAAGCGGGCCGCAGCCGUGCAGGCCGACGACAUGGAAGUGCUGAAGGUGGAGAGGAUCCAGCUGAUAGAUGCUGUUCUGAACCUGUGCACCUACCAUCACCCGGAGAACAUCCAGCUCCCGCCCGGGUACCAGCCUCCGAACCUCGCCAUCUCCACCCUCUACUGGAAGGCGUGGCCCCUCCUGCUGGUCGUCGCCGCGUUCAACCCAGAGAACAUCGGCCUGGCCGCCUGGGAGGAGUACCCCACGCUGAAGAUGCUCAUGGAGAUGGUGAUGACCAACAAUUACUCGUACCCGCCGUGUACCCUGACGGACGAGGAGACCCGGACUGAGAUGGUCACCCGGGAGCUGCAGGUCUCGCAGCGGGAGAAGCAGGAGAUCCUGGCGUUCGAGGGGCACCUGGCCGCUGCAUCCACCAAGCAGACCAUCACUGAGAGCAGCAGCUUGCUCCUGUCCCAGCUCACCAGCCUUGAGCCCCAAGGGCCGCCCCGGAGGCCUCCCCCUCACGUCCUGGAGCAGGUGAAAGGCCUCAACCAGUCCCUCCGCCUCGGGCACCUGCUGUGUCGGAGCCGGAACCCGGACUUCCUCCUCAACAUCAUCCAGAGGCAGGCCUCCUCCCAGUCCAUGCCCUGGCUGGCCGACCUGGUGCAGUCCAGCGAGGGCUCCCUGGACGUGCUGCCCGUGCAGUGCCUGUGCGAGUUCCUGCUGCACGACGCUGCCGACGAGCCCGCCUCCGGGGAGGAGGAGGAGGAGGGCGAGAGCAAAGAGCAGAAGGCCAAGAAGCGGCAGAGGCAGCAGAAGCAGCGGCAGCUGCUGGGCCGCCUGCAGGACCUGCUGCUGGGCCCCAGGGCCGAUGAGCAGACCACGUGCGAGGUGCUGGACUACUUUCUGCGGCGCCUCGGCUCCUCCCAGCUGGCGUCCCGGGUGCUGGCCAUGAAGGGCCUGUCCCUGGUGCUCUCGGAGGGCAGCCUGCGGGACGGGGAGGAGAAGGAGCCCCCCAUGGAGGAGGACUCGGGCGACUCGGACGCGCUGCAGGGCUACCAGUGGCUGCUGCGAGACCUGCCCAGGUUGCCUCUGUUCGACAGCGUCAGGACCACCACCGCCCUGGCGCUGCAGCAGGCCAUCCACAUGGAGACAGACCCGCAGACCAUCAGCGCCUACCUGGUCUACCUGUCCCAGCACACACCCGUGGAGGAGCAGAGCCAGCACAGCGACCUGGCCCUGGACGUGGCCCGGCUCAUCGUGGAGCGCUCCACCAUCAUGUCCCACCUCUUCUCCAAGCGCUCCUGCAGCGCCGAGUCGGACGCCGUGCUGGCCGCCCUGCUCUCCAUCUUCUCCCGCUACGUGCAGCGCAUGCGCAAGAGCAAGGAGGGCGAGGAGGUCUACAGCUGGUCGGAGUCGCAAGACCAGGUCUUCCUGCGCUGGACCAGCGGGGAGACGGCCACCAUGCACAUCCUGGUGGUCCACGCCAUGGUCAUCCUCCUGACGCUGGGCCCGCCCCGCGGUGAGCAGCCCGCGGGCGGUGGGGCCUGGGUCUCCCGUGGGGCUGGUGACGGUGAGUUCCAGGCGCUGCUGGACAUCUGGUUCCCAGAGAAGAAGCCCCUGCCCACGGCCUUCCUGGUGGACACGUCGGAAGAGGCGCUGCUGCUGCCCGACUGGCUGAAGUUGCGCAUGAUCCGCUCGGAGGUCCCGCGCCUGGUGGACGCUGCCCUGCAGGACCUGGAGCCCCAGCAGCUGCUGCUGUUCGUGCAGUCCUUUGGCAUCCCUGUGUCCAGCAUGAGCAAACUUCUCCAGUAUCUGGACCAGGCGGUGGCCCACGACCCCCAGACCCUGGAGCAGAACAUCAUGGACAAGAAUUACAUGGCUCACCUGGUCGAGGUCCAGCACGAGCGAGGGGCGUCCGGAGGCCAGACUUUCCACUCCCUGCUCACAGCCUCCCUGCCCGCCCGGCGAGACAGCACGGAGGCGCCGAAACCCAAAAGCAGCCCAGAGCAGCCACCGGGCCAGGGCAGGACCCGGGCCGUGACACAGGUGCGGGUUCUGGGCCCCGAGGACGACCUGGCCGGCAUGCUCCUGCAGAUCUUCCCGCUGAGCCCGAGCCCGCGGUGGCAGAGCUCCAGCGCGCGCCCUGUAGCCCUGGCGCUGCAGCAGGCCCUGGGCCGGGAGCUGGCGCGAGUCCGCCAGGGGAGCCCCGAGGUGCCGGGCGUCGCGGUGCGCCUCCUGCAGGCCCUCGCCACCCUGCUGAACUCCCCGCACGGCGGCGCCCUGGUCAUGGUCAUGCACCAGAACCACUUCCUCGCCUGCCCUCUGAUGCGCCAGCUCUGCCAGUACCAGCGCUGCGUGCCCCAGGACACCGGCUUCUCGUCGCGCUUCCUCAAAGUGCUCGUGCAGACCCUGCAGUGGCUGGACAGCCCCGCCGUGGAGGCCGGGCCCCUGCAGGCCCAGCUCAAGCUGUUUGCCGCCCAGUACUCGGCACGACGCCGGAUCAGCGAUGUGCGGAGCGGGUUCCUGCACCUGGCGGAGGCCCUGACGUUCCGCGGGGACCCGGAAGUGGUCAGCUCCACCAUCCGCGCCAUCGCCGCCACCCUCAAGUCUGGAGAGGGGUGUGACGUGGAGCCCGAGCUUAUCAGCAAAGUCCUCCGGGGUCUGGUCGCCGUGAGGUCGCCUCACCUGGAGGAGCUGCUGGCCGCGCUCUUCUCCGCGGCCUCCGCCUUCCCGGCCUCGGGGCCCGUGGCCGUGGUGAGCUCACUGCUGCUGCAGGAGAAGGGGGAGCCCCCAGCCCUGGGGAAGCAGGACUCUGACGGCUGCAGCCUGGAGGCUGUGCGGCUGGGACCCUGCUCGGGGCUCCUCGUCGACUGGCUGGAGAUGCUGGACCCCGAGGUGAUCAGCAGCUGCCCUGACCUGCAGCAGCGGCUGCUGUUCUCCCAGAGCAAGGGCAAAGGCCCUCCCGGGCCGCAGGUGCCGUCUUUCCGACCCUACCUCUUAGCCCUGCUCACACACCAGUCCGGCUGGCCCACGCUGCACCAGUGUAUCCACGUCCUGCUGGGCAAGAGCCGGGAGGAGAGGUCUGACCCCUCGGCCUCCCUGGACUUCCUCUGGGCCUGCAUCCACAUUCCUCGAAUCUGGCAGGGCAGGGACCAGCGUACCCCUCAGAAGCGGCGGGAGGAGUUGGUGCUGCGGGUCCAGGCCCCAGAGCUCAUCGGCCUGGUGGAGCUGAUCCUGGCGGAGGCAGAGACCAGGAGCCAGGACGGGGACGCCAGCGCCUGCAGCCUUCUCCAGGCCCGGCUGCCCCUGCUGCUCAGCUGCUGCCGCGGUGACGACGAGGGCAUCAGGAAGGUGGCGGUGCACCUGACGAGCUGCAUCCAGCAGUGGGCUGACAGCGUGCUGGGCAGGCGUUGCCGAGACCUGCUCGUGCACCUCUACCUGCAGUGGCCAGGCCUCCGGGCGCCUGUGCCUGACGUCUUGCUGCACAGCGAAGGGGCCGCCGGCAGCAGCGUCUGCAAGCUGGACGCCCUCAUUCACCGCUUCAUCACCCUCCUCGCGGACACCAGCGACUCACGGGCGGCCGAGAACCGCGUGGCCGACGCCAACAUGGCCUGUCGGAAGCUGGCUGUGGCCCACCCCAUCCUGCUGCUCAGGCACCUGCCCAUGAUCGCCGCCCUCCUGCACGGCCGCAACCACCUCAACUUCCAGGAGUUCCGGCAGCAGAACCACCUGACCUUCUUCCUGCACGUGCUGGGCAUCCUGGAGCUGCUGCAGCCGCGGGUGUUCCAGAGCGAGCACCAGGGGGCGCUGUGGGACUGCCUGCUCUCCUUUCUCCGCCUGCUGCUGAACUACAGGAAGUCCUCCCGCCACCUGGCCCCCUUCAUCAGCAAGUUCGUGCAGUUCACCCACAAGUAUAUCACCUGCAACGCCCCGGCCGCCGUCGCCUUCCUGCAGAAACACUCUGACGCGCUCCAUGACCUAUCCUUCGACAGCAGUGACCUGGUGAUGCUCAAGUCGUUGCUGGCGGGGCUGAGCCUUCCCAGCAGGGACGGCAGGGCCGACCGAGGCCUGGACGAGGAGGGCGAGGACGAGAGCUCGGCUGGCCCCCUGCCUCUGGUCAGCAUCUCCCUCUUCACCCCUCUGACUGCAGCUGAAAUGGCCCCCUAUGUGAAGAGGCUUUCCCGAGGCCAGACGGUCGAGGAUCUGUUGGAGGUUCUGAGCGACCUGGACGAGAUGUCCCGGCGGAGACCCGAGAUCCUGGGCUUCUUCUCGACCAGUCUGCAGCGGCUGAUGAGCUCAGCUGAGGAGUCCUGCCGCGGCCUGGCCUUCAGCCUGGCCCUGCGCUCCAUCCAGAGCAACCCCAGCAUCGCAGCCGACUUCCUGCCCACGUUCAUGUACUGCCUGGGCAGCCGGGACUUUGAAGUGGCGCAGACGGCCCUCCGGAACCUGCCGGAGUACACCCUCCUCUGCCAGGAGCAUGCAGCCGCCCUGCUGCACCGGGCCUUCCUGGUGGGCAUGUACGGCCAGAUGGACACCAGCGCCCAGGUCUCCGAGGCCCUGAGGAUCCUGCACAUGGAGGCUGUGAUGUGAGCCCGGGCCGCAGCCCGACUGCACGCCUGGUCCCCUGGUGGUCUCCGGGAGCGCCAAGGCAGGCAGGGCCAGCACUCAGCCGACGCCCAGCCGCCCCUGGCCAGCAGUGGGGGGGCCGUCUGCCCCGGAGGCUGUCCCGCCUGCGGAGUGGCAGGGGCACGGCCCAGCUGGGAGGGAUGCUGACCUCCUAGACAGUCGAGGCAAGGGGCUGGGUUCAAAUGAAAUGUUUUGAACUCCCCGA